UUUCCAGACUUGUACGAGGCCUCUAUCGCCGAGCUGCAAGACGGUCUCUCGAAGGGCCUGUUCACGAGCGUCGACCUCGUCACGGCCUACUUUGCGCGCAUCGAAGAGGUCAACCUUCAAGGCCCGGUGCUGCGCGCGGUCAUAGAGACGAACCCCAGCGCGCUCGCCCAAGCAGCAGCGCUGGACAGAGAGCGCCGAGCCACGGGGGCCCGUGGGCCGCUGCAUGGCAUCCCGAUCCUGCUGAAGGACAACAUUGCCACCCAGGCCAGCGACGGCAUGAACACGACCGCAGGCUCCUUCGCCCUCCUCGGCUCCGUCCCGCCGCGCGACGCCACCGUUGCCGCGAAGCUGCGCGCGGCGGGCGCGAUCCUCCUCGGCAAGGCGAACCUAUCCGAGUGGGCGCACUUCCGCGGGGACCUCGCCUCCGGGUGGUCCGGGCGCGGCGGGCAGGCGACGAGCCCGUAUUUCCCACAGGCGGACCCAUCCGGCUCGAGCUCGGGCAGCGCGAUCGGCAGCGCGAUCGGCCUCGCGGCCGCCGCGCUCGGGAGCGAGACGGACGGGAGCAUCGUGUCGCCGAGCAGCAGGAACAACCUCGUCGGGAUCAAGCCCACCGUCGGCCUCACGUCGCGCGCGGGAGUGGUGCCGAUCUCGGUGAACCAGGACACGGUGGGCCCCAUCGCGCGCUCCGUCGCGGACGCGGUCGCGAUCCUGGGCGUCAUCGCGGGGCGCGACGCGCUCGAUAACUUCACGCUCGCGCAGCCCGCGCGGGUGCCGGACUACACGGCGGCGCUGCGGCGCGACGCGCUGCGCGGCGUGCGCUUGGGCGUCCCGCGGCUGUUCAUGCCCGACGACCAGAACAUAGUCGCGGCGUUCAACGCGUCGCUCGACGUGAUCAGGGCGCUCGGCGCGACCGUCGUCGACCCCGCGGAGUUCCCCGACGCGGAGGAGCUGCUGGCGUCGAACAACGAGACCCUCGUCCUGGACACGGAUUUCAAGGUCGACGUGCAGAACUACAUCGCGGGCCUGCUCGCGGUCCCGACCGGCGUGACGGACCUCGCGGACCUGAUCGCGUUCAACAACGCGCACCCGGACCUGGAGCUCGUCGCGCCCUUCUACACCUCCCAAUCCGAGUUCCUCGCGGCCGAGAACACGACCGUCGACGCCGUCUACUUCGCCGCGCUCGCGGCGGACCACGCGCUCGGGCGCACGCGCGGCAUCGACGGGGCGCUGAAGAAGUUCGCCCUGGACGCUAUCAUCCUACCCACAGACGGUGCGUGCUCGACUGACCCCCCCGCGCGCGCACGCGCGCCCGCAGACGUCGUCCCGGGCCCGGCGGCGCCCGUGGUCGAGCGCGCGCCGGGGCUGCCGUUCGGGCUCGCGUUCGUGGGGACCGCGUUUGCGGAGCGCGCGCUUGUGGGGUUCGCGUUUGCGUUCGAGCAGGCGACGCACGUGCGC